CAGGUUAAGCGAUGAAUGGGGCGCUUGCGCAGUAGAAUCCAGAGCGGGGGAAGCGGACGCCUGCGCAGAGCGGGAGUGGUCGCACGCUCCCCGCCCCGUCUCGGAAAGCCGCGCCAGCGCAGUUCCGAAAGAUCCCGCAGAGAGAGCGCCUGCGCGGCCGUGGCCGAGGGAGCCGUGGCGGUAGCGGCGAUGGAACCAGCCGAGCCGCUGAACGACUUAGUGUCAGCCGAGGGCCGAAACCGGAAGGCGGUGCUGUGCCAACGCUGUGGCUCCCGGGUGCUGCAGCCAGGAACCGCUCUCUUCUCCCGCCGACAGCUUUUCCUUCCCUCCAUGAGAAAGAAGCCCGCUCUGGCUGACGGCAGCAAUCCUGAUGGCGAUCUCCUCCAGGAGCACUGGCUGGUUGAUGACAUGUUCAUCUUUGAGAACGUGGGCUUCACCAAGGACGUGGGCAACAUCAAGUUCCUGGUGUGCGCAGACUGUGAAAUCGGACCAAUUGGCUGGCAUUGCCUGGAUGACAAGAACAGUUUCUAUGUGGCCUUGGAACGGGUUUCCCAUGAGUAACUGAGGGGAGGGGAACGCAGCUCCAGCCGCGACUAUAAAAGCUACUCCCCUCGAGAACUGGCAUGUAAGCUGGUGUCCUUGCUCUGGCGCCGCCUUCUCUGUACUGAUGUAAAUGAUGAGUAUCGACAUGUCCGGCUGAACAUGCAUAGGGCUGACCCCGCUUCCUUAAAGCCUCAAGUGCAUGCCUCUUACGUAGCUCACUUUUGCAGCCCAACAUCUCCUGAUCUCCCUUUUCCCCCAGUUGCAGGACACUGGAACACGUCCACAAAUUUCUCAUCCCUGGCAUCCCGCCUGGGCUCCCUGACCCUGGGCUCCCUUGUUUCUUGCUCUGUAAGAGCAACAUCCAGCCUUUCAGCCAAGAUGACACAUGACAGCUGAUGCUCGUGCUAAUAGUUCAAAUGCCACCUUUUUAUCUCAUUCAAGAAAGCAUACAAGUGUCUGAGAGUGACUUUGUCGUAUGACUAACUUUAUCUACAGUAAUUUAUUCUUUUUAAAAGCGUAGCAUUUACAGACUUCGGAAUUUAAGCUACUACUAAGAAACACAUUACUUUGGACACACCUGUAAUACCAUGUUCGAGAGCCGAGCCUCUAGGUAGAUAGUGACUUUAUAUUGUGAAGAUGAAUAUAUCCCCUUUUCCCUUCAAAUCUUGCUGUGGUUUCUCUUUACAUUAUAGCCUGUAAGUUGAGAAUCAGAUUUUCAACCCUAUCUGGCAGCCAACCCAAGGAAAACUCAGCCCUGGCUUCGAAACAGAGUGGAGGAUGCAGGAUAUAGGAGGGAGAGACCCUUGCCACAUUGUAUGUGACUUUGCAGGUUUGUCUUAUCUGUGCAGGUAACUCUUUCCUUUGUUCUUAGGAAAGACUUCUCUGAUGGAUAGAGUCAUCACUUACUGAACCUACCAGGCGUGCUCAUCGGAGUUUGGGUUCACUUGGAAUCCUUGUACCAACCCAGAACACAGACUUUCUGUCCAAAUGCCACUAUCUCUAUACCUGUGGGGACUGCUCUAACAGUUCGAGGUUAGCAGACUGAUUAACCCUUCAGUAUGAUUGUCACUUGUUCUGUCAUUUCUCUUCUGAAAUAACUCAACAUCUUAGGAAUUUCUGUGACCAGGUCUCAGGUGUCCUUGCAUAAGCCCUACAUCUAAGACUGAGGAGACCCUAGAAUUGAAAUAAGGACUAAACAGAAACCUUACAAUCUACAGCCCCUCCUUCUGUAUCUGUUCUCUGCUUGCUUCUGCCUUCUUUCUCCCGAGAACUUUUCUAAGGGCUCCCCAACUAAAAAGUGUGGGCCUUGGGCAUGGUUUUGCAACCAACAUACUCUAGAAAGGUGGCUUCCUUCCCCAGUCAUAGCCUCAGUGAGCUCUAGUUGAAAAUGAGAGAACUGUUCUCUAGACAGUCAAAUGUCUGUGAUUAUGGCAUUUGCAGAAAAACAGCUGUGAGAAUUAUCCACUCAGGUCACAAGGAACAAAACCAAGUAGAUGCCUCUAGGGGCACAUGGCCCCUUCAAUCACAAGCCAAAACCUAAGCAAAGCUUUUUUUUUUUUUUUUUUUUUUAGAUUAGAUUUUUGACUUCUCUUUCCUUUUUUAAUCACAGAAAUAGUAUGUGUUCACUGAAGAUAAACACAAAAAUGGGUAUCAACAUUUUUUUAAUCCCUCAUUUCCACCAUCCAGAGAUUGCUUCUGGUAGUGUGGUGAAACUCCGGUUCUCAGUGUUUUUCUAAAUGUAUAUAUAAACAUGUAUGAUUUUUUUAAAAUAAAUACAAUAUCAUACUGUGCUCUUUUACGACUUGCUUUUUCCAUUUGACAAAAUAAUGACUUCCCAUGUUAACAGAUAACCAUCCAUGGAAACCCUUGUUUUUAGCAUUCCAUUAUAUUUCUGUCUUAUCAUUUAUUUAAACAAUCUACUAUUAGAUUGUCUCCAGUUUCUUAUAAACAGUGUGAUGUAAUGUAUGACUUUAUAGUUAAAUCUGUAUACACAUUCGUAAUUAUUUCCUACAUUAUUAGAAGUAAAAUAUGCACGUUUUCAUGGAUUAUUGACACAUAUUCUUCAGAAACAGCUGUGCCAAUCCACCCUCCUCCAGCAGCGUAGAUGAGCACCCAUUUCUCUGAAACCUUCCUAACACUGGGUAUUUAUUAUCGUUAAAAGAAUAUUUUGCCACUUUAAUAGAAAAAGUAUCUCCUUGUUUUAAUUUGCAUUUAUUUUAUGUUUAAUGAAAUUUUUAUAUACUUGCUGGUCAUUUGUAUUUUUUUCUAGAGAAUUGCCAAAUAUUGUUGCCCGAAUAGCCAAAAAUAUCAAGUUGUUAUUCUGCCUUUGCAGUUUAAUUGGAAAUAAAGGCAUUUAAACAGUA